ACGCUGUGCAGAGACUUCUGGCGGGAGGCUGUGCGAGUAGAGCUCUCAGCUAGAGUAGUGCAGGCAGCUCCGGGAGAAAGGGAGCGAGAGGAACCACACUACCGCCCGGAAACAUGUCAACUUCAGGCGGCUCUGAGGAGCCGAGACGACGGGGAGCUGUGCAAACGAUCGACUGCGAAAUGCAACCUGAUAAAUACGAACUCCAGUAUCAGCUCUUCCAACUCCGGAGGAAAUUCGAGGAAACUAAGAAACGCUACAGACAAGAGAAAGAAGCCUGGCUGAAAGAAAAGGAGAUGUUACUGAGGGAACUCGCUGAGAUCCAAGCUGCUGAAAACAGAAAAAUUUUGUUUGAUCUUAAGUCGGUUUUGGAAGGUGUUCAGCUUAAGGUUAAAGAGGAGGAAGAUCAAAGAGCAGAACUGCAGCAACAGUACUCAAGUGACAAAUAUGCUUGGGAACUAGAGAGAGCAGAACUGAAGUGUCGUAUUGAACAGCUGGAAGUAAAGGCAGAAAAACAGGACGUGGAAAAAACAACUCAAGAAACAAGAGAAGUGUUUGGAUCGGAAGGGAAAGAGCAGAAGCAGCUGUUGGCAAAUAUCCACUCAGCAGCCAUGGACCUGAGGAAACAGCUGGAGACCAGUGAGAGAAACUGGAGCAGGGAGAAAAUGGAGUUACUUGAACAAUUUGAUCAUGAAAGAAAGGAAUGGGAAAGUCAACUAAAGGACAUGCAGAGGAAGAUAGAGCAGAUUUAUUGGGAUGUCAAAUCAAGUCAAAAGUGUAAAUUGAAUGAACAGAAAACUGAGCAGAGACAAGUAAAACUCACAAGAGAUGAUUGUGCAUUGUUUAAUUUACAUGAAUGCAAUCAGUCACAUGAUGAAAAAGACCAACAUUACACAAAUGGUGCAAGAGCCCGAGGUGCAGAAAUGGAAGAUAUUGCUUUGCAUGAUACAGAUCGAGGCAUCAAAAAGAGUGGAAGUGAUCUGUUGUUUAUUGAAGAAUCAUCACUUGAACACAUUGAGGAUGGUGGUAGCAUUCAAAAUUUUGGAAAUAUCCAGAAUGAUAAAAAUAAAUUCUCCAGUGUUUUGAAUGCAGCUUUACAAGAGUUGGCAAAAGUAAGUGAAGAGCUGUGCAGUUACGAAGAGGACGUCAAGAAAAAAGUGAGCCAUGGAAGAGCAAGAUCAGUUUCACAGCUGCAAGAAAGUAAAGAGAAGCAAAAUGAAAAUACACUUGUGAGAAAUGAAACCUCUUCAGAAGAGAGUAGCAGCACACCAGAUGAUAAGGCAUUAAGCCCUACUCUUUCAGAGUUUGAAAAAUCUUCUGAAAGACUCCACAAUGAGAAAAACUGGAAUCACUCCAAGAAGAAUGGGCAUGGGGUUUUUCCUGGAUUUCCAGGAGGAGAUGACAUAAAUGAUGUAUCUGUCUCAAGCAAAAGAGCUCCACCAGUUCCACCAAGGACAUCCUCUUGGUACCUUGCCAGUUUAAUGUUUCCAAUCGAACUUGGAGAUUUGCUGAAGGAAGGUACCAGUAACUACACAACACAAAACUGCAUUGUAGAAAAAAGUUGCAGUAGUCCUUGUGUUACGAGAAAAUUUCAACCCUGCUUGCAGGAAAGUGAACGGAAAUCUUUCACAGGUGGAAGGCCUUUCAAGACGUUAGCACCGCAAGUUCAAUGUGAUGAGAGAUCUGAAAGCAAUAAGAACAAUAACCAUAGCAGGUGGUCAUGCAAUGCAACUAAACUUGGCUUUGGAUCUGGAAGCAAGUGCUUUGGUUCAGCAGUAAAGACAUUUGAUUCAGAUAAGAAUGUUUUGCCAUCUCAGGAGCAGAGCCUGGGUAAAAGUUUCAACACUGGCCUUAGACAAACAAAAUCUCAAUUUCCCAAAAGUAAUUUGUCAGAGUGUAACUUUUCAUGCUCUACAUUAACAACAGGGGUGUGCAGUACCAGCGGUAUGUUUAUGCCGUCUGCAAUAAGUGCAUCUUCAAAACAACCUGAUAAUUUCAGAAAAACAGCUUUAAAAACUGAAAGCUGUGAUCCUGUUUUUGGAAAAUCUGUGGAAUUAGCACAGAAUGAGACAACUGCCUAUCCAGGAUCCAGCUUUGCACUUCACUCUGCAGAGAAUGUCCAUCCCACCAAACAGUUUCAUUUAAAGUACACUGGUUCAGCUUUUAGACCUUACAAUUCACAUUACAUCAGCACCACCAAGGUAGUAGGACCAGACAAGAAUAGCAGUGGAUUUCCUAUUUGGAUUACUGAUAAUGACAAGAGCCACUUGUUUGACAAGGUUGACUUGAUUCCUAAACAUUUUUCAAGUCCAACAGUACCAUGUACAAGAUCGGAUAUUGAUCUUGUCCAAACAGUAUUGAGAAACGGUGAAAGAUCAGUAAGUCCUUCCCUUCUUGUGAAGAAAAAUAUUGCCAAUCUUACUGAUGGCAGGACAAAACAACAGGCAUCUCAUUCAGAAUCUUUGCAUGAUAAUCCAAAUAAGAUCAGCCACGUUUUUCAAAUGCUUCACCUAAAUCAAGAAAAACAAGAGGAAAGGAAGAAGUCCAGACCAUCCCAAUGUGUCACAGGACAACGAACAUCAUUACCUGUGACCUUGCCACCUGAGACAAUGAGAUUGAAUGGGAUGAGCUUUCCACGUCCUGCACGACCACAGAGCCGCCGUUUACCGUCACGAUGGGCAAGAAAACCUCUAUCUGCAGGUGCUGUACAUGACCGAGCUGCACAGAAACAAAGUCAACAUUUCUUAUUUGAUAUAAAAACUUCAAUCAUAUAACAGUUUAAAGUGCACUGUGCAGGUUAGCAAGUGCAUUCCCUGUAUAUUGACUUUCUUAAAUGCUACUACAUUUUAAUCCUCUGUCACAUUAUAUUGCAAGCAUCCCUUUCCAUAAAC